AUGGUGCACAGCGCGUACGAUUGUGUCGAGCUGGUGCGUGAGUGCCCUGCCAAGAUCGAAUCCAUCGAAUCCUACGGUUCGAAGCUCCUCCUGGGUUGCUCCGAUGGAUCGCUCCGAAUAUUCGCGCCGCAAACAGAAUCCUCCUCCGACGGCUCAAAGUUCUACGAGUUGGAGAGGAACCUCGUCGGGUUCGCGAAGAAGCCCGUGCUCUCAAUGGCGGUGGUGGAGUCGCGAGAGUUCCUCAUAUCGCUGUCCGAAUCCAUCGCCUUCCACAAACUCCCUUCCUUCGAGACCAUCGCUGUCAUCACCAAGGCAAAGGGCGCCAACGUCUUCUGCUGGGAUCAUCGCCGAGGGUUCCUCUGCUUCGCCAGGCAGAAGCGCGUUUGUAUCUUCAGACACGACGGUGGCAGGGGAUUUGUAGAGGUGAAAGAAUAUGGUGUCGUGGAUACGGUGAAGUCCUUGUGUUGGUGCGGCGAGAAUAUAUGUUUGGGGAUUAGAAGAGAGUAUGUGAUUCUGAAUGCUUCAAAUGGAGCUUUGUCUGAGGUUUUCACUUCGGGGAGACUAGCGCCUCCUCUGGUCGUUUCUCUUCCCACCGGAGAACUUCUUCUUGGAAAGGAGAACAUUGGGGUUUUCGUGGACCAAAAUGGGAAGCUUCUUCCUGAAGGUAGGAUUUGCUGGUCCGAGGCUCCUUUGGAAGUUGUGAUUCAGAAGCCCUAUGCUAUAGCUUUGCUGCCCAGAUUUGUGGAGAUUCGAUCUCUCCGAGCUCCUUAUCCACUGAUACAGACUGUUGUUCUUCGAAAUGUACGCCAUCUUUGCCAGAGCAAUGAUUCCGUGAUACUUGCUUUGGAUAAUUCUAUUCAUGGCCUCUUCCCUGUUCCCCUUGGAGCCCAGAUAGUCCAAUUAACAGCUUCUGGCAACUUUGAGGAGGCCUUGUCAUUGUGCAAACUUCUUCCACCUGAAGAUUCAAGUCUCCGUGCUGCAAAGGAGGGUUCAAUUCAUAUAAGAUACGCUCACUAUCUUUUUGAGAAUGGGAGCUAUGAAGAGGCUAUGGAACAUUUUCUGGCAUCUCAAGUAGAUAUAACCCAUGUGCUUUCCCUGUAUCCAUCCAUUAUUCUUCCAAAGACAACUAUUGUUCACGAGUUAGAAAAGUUGGACAUUGAUGGGGAUGCUUCAUAUCUGUCCAGAGCUUCUUCAGGUGUUUCAGAUGAUAUGGAACCCUCAUCAACAUCUCAUAUGUCAGAAUCUGAUGAAAACGCAGCCCUUGAAUCCAAAAAAAUGAACCAUAAUAUGCUUAUGGCCCUCAUAAAAUAUUUACAGAAGAAGAGAUAUAGUUUUAUUGAGAAGGCCACUGCAGAAGGAACUGAAGAAGUCGUUUUAGAUGCUGUUGAGGAUAACUUUGCAUCUUACAAUAGGCUUAAGAAAACAAACAAGGGCCGUGGUAGUAUGCCUGUUAGUUCAGGUGCUCGGGAGAUGGCUUCAAUAUUGGAUACUGGUUUACUUCAAGCAUUGCUUCUAACUGGACAACCUUCAGUGGCUUUAGAAUUACUGAGAGGUGUUAACUACUGUGAUUUGAAAAUCUGUGAGGAAAUACUUCGGAAAGGCAACCACAAUGUUGCUUUGUUAGAACUUUACAAGUACAAUUCAUUGCACCGGGAGGCUCUUGAACUUCUUCACAAAUUGGUGGAUGAGUCAAAAUCUAGCAAGUCUGAAAUUACACAAAGAUUCAAGCCUGAGGAGAUUGUGGAGUAUCUCAAGCCACUCUGUGGGAGUGACCCCAUACUUGUACUAGAGUUCUCAAUGCUUGUUCUUGAAAGCUGUCCAUCUCAAACUAUAGAACUCUUUCUGACUGGAAACAUUCCAGCAGAUAUGGUGAGCUCAUAUUUGAAGAAGCAUUCUCCAAACAUGCAAGCUAGGUACUUGGAGCUUAUGCUUGCAAUGAAUGAGAAUGCGGUAUCUGGCAAUUUGCAGAAUGAAAUGGUCCAUAUAUAUCUUUCUGAAGUGCUCGAUUGGCAUGCUGAUUUAUGUGCUCAACAUAAAUGGGAUGAGAAAGAUUAUUCCCCAACAAGGAAAAAACUAUUGUCUGCCUUAGAGAGUAUAGCAGGAUACAAUCCAGAGGCUUUACUAAAACGUCUUCCACCAGAUGCUUUAUAUGAAGAGCGUGCAAUAUUGUUGGGAAAAAUGAACCAACAUGAACUGGCAUUAUCUUUAUAUGUUCAUAAGCUCAAUGCUCCAGAACUGGCAUUGUCAUAUUGUGAUCGGGUCUAUGAGUCUAUGCACCAGCCAUCUGCAAAAUAUUCCAGUAACAUAUACCUUGUGCUUUUGCAAAUUUAUUUGAAUCCUCGAAGGACCACAGCAGGUUUUGAAAAGAGAAUUACAAAUCUAUUAUCCUCGCAGCAUAAAACGGUUCCAAAGCUUACUUCUACACCAUCCAUAAAAAGUAGAGGUCGAGGGUCUAAGAAAAUUGCUGCAAUAGAGGGUGCAGAGGACACAAAAGUUAGUUUAAGCAGCACUGACAGUGGCAGGAGUGAUGGUGAUGGUGAUGCGGAUGAAUAUAGUGAGGGUGGUUCUACUACUAUCAUGCUUGAUGAGGUCCUUGAUGUGUUGAGCCGCAGGUGGGAUAGGAUAAAUGGAGCUCAGGCCCUUAAACUUCUACCGAAAGAGACAAAAUUACAGGACCUGCUUUCAUUUCUCGGACCCCUUCUGAGAAAAUCAAGUGAAAUGUACCGAAACUGUUCGGUGAUCAAGAGUUUGAGACAAAGUGAGAACCUUCAGGUGAAAGAUGAACUGUAUAGUCAGAGGAAAGCAGUUGUGAAGAUAACCGGUGAUAGCAUGUGCUCUCUGUGCCAUAAGAAACUAGGGACUAGUGUUUUUGCUGUCUACCCAAAUGGUAGCACUCUCGUGCACUUUGUCUGUUUCAGAGAUUCUCAAAAUAUGAAAGCCGUAGGCAAAGGGUCCCAAUUGAGGAAGCGAUUAUGA